CAAUUCACCUACUGACGCUUCGUCUUAGUUACUAAGCAACAGAGAACGCUAUCUGCUCCAGCUGAGCCAACUUUCAAAAUAGCUGCCUACCUAGGCUAAUUAGUAAGUAAAAAAUAUCCCCAAAGUAUUCUCAUGCCAAACAAUUUCAUCCAAAAUGUCUUCUACUUCGACCAUUUCCAAUUUGCAAGAUAUCGGGAAGCAAACAUCGCCCCAGUAUUCCUCUGGGUCACCCACUUGCUACCCUCAUGAGUCAGUGACACAGGAGACCACUGAUGCGCAACCAUUUCCUGCUGCGGUUCAUCAUCCGUGUGCAGACACGUUUUCAACCUCCGAGGAAGAGAAGGAGGAGAAGACAAUGGAGGUAAGGGAGGAAGCUUGGGGUAACAGCUAAAUUCAUAAAGAUGCUAACUACUUUAGUCAGAUGGGCCAUGAGGCUUGAAAAACGAUGGUGUGUUGACUGAAGAGGAAGUUUCCAGCUGUUUAUCCAACCUGGGACACUCUGCCACUGGACUAGAGCAUGUCUACCAGUUCCUCUCUGCUCCUGGUCGAAAUCUGAAUAAUGUGUCCAUCCUUUGCAAUUACGUCCACCUUCAAAAGCUAGAACUUCCUUACAACAAAAUAAAAGAUGUAUCCUGUGUAAGCCACAUGCCAUAUCUCAUCAUCCUGGAUGCCUCCCACAACCAACUCACCGACUUCUUUGGAUUCCAGCCGCCCAAGAACCUCAAGGAGGUAAACUUUUCCCAUAACCAGAUGUCAGUAAUGACACAUUUGUCAGCCUACUCGUCUUUGAGUAAACUGAAUCUGGACUACAACUGUUUCAGUGAGAUCGGUGGUCUGCUGCAUUGUGCCAGCCUCACACACCUCAGCCUGGCACACAACAAGAUCUCCUGUAUCAGAGGCCUGGACAACCUGCCAAUCAAAGACCUCUGUCUGAGGGGGAAUCAGAUUGAGAAGAUAGAGAAUGUGGAGACUCUGAGAACCCUGCAGGUCCUGGAUCUGUCUCUGAACCGCAUCAGCAGUCUGUCAGGCCUGCAGAAUCUCCAUCUGCUGGGCUCCAUCAAUCUGGAGAGUAACCUGAUCAGUGAAAUCAAGGAGGCCACACACAUCCAUGACCUGUGCCUGCUCCGGGAGCUGAAUCUGCAGAGAAACCUAGUCCAGGAGCAACUGGACUACAGACUGGCAGUGAUCUUCCUCCUUCAACACCUGACUGGCCUGGACCAGGAGAAAGUCACAGUAGAGGAGAAGGUCUCGGCUGUGAACAAGUACGACCCUCCUCUGGAGGUGGUGGCAGCCAGGGAGCACAUGAGUCACAUGGUAUACCAGCUGAUGCAGCCCCAGGUCAUCUAUGAUAGCACCCUGCCCAGUCUUGACUCUCCCUACCCCAUGCUGGUGUUGACUGGGCCCCAGGCUUGUGGGAAGAGAGAGCUGGCCCACAAGCUCUGCCGAGAGUUCAACGACUUCUUCGGCUACGGAACCUGCCAUACCACCAGGGGUCCCUACUUUGGAGAGGAGGAUGGGAGCGACUACCAUUUUGUCACGGAGGAAGACUUUCAGAACAUGAUUCACAUGGGUAAAUUCCUCCAGACGAUGCAGUAUGCGGGCCACUGGUAUGGUCUGUCUCGUGAGGCCAUAGAAGACGUGGCCAGGGAGGGCUUGGCCUGCUGUGUGCACAUGGAGCUGGAGGGCGUGUUCAGUCUGAAGAACAGCCACUUUGAGCCGCGUUACGUCCUGAUGAUCCCCACAGACAAGGAGCAGUACGGCAGGCGGCUGAGGACCAGAGCUCUGUACACCCAGACCCAGAUAGAUACGGCUGUAGCCCGCGUGGAUACAUACGUCCUGAUCAACAGAGAGCGCCCAGGCUUCUUCGACAACGUCAUCCCCUGUGAUGAGCCAGUGGAGGCAUACAGAACCCUGAGGCAGGUGGUGAAGGACUAUCUGGGAGUGGAGGAGCAGGGAGGAGAGGACCAGAGCACCACAGACACCCCCACAGCAUCUGUGACAGAGUUGAAGAGGGACUCCCUAGUGGACGAGGCGCCCCCAGCCCCCUCCACCAGGCCAGAGACAGUCUUUAUGUCCUGCUCCGCUCCAGACAUGGACCCCUCAGACCACAACUGUAGGAAGUACUACAACAAGGUCCAGGCCCAGCUCACCCCACAGAAGACCUCAGCAGAGAUGGCCUCCAUCCACAGACGGCAGCAGCUGGUCAGAGAGGCUCUGAUGGGGAAGAGUCCCAAAGCCUACACCCAGCUCUUCAAGAGGUGCGUUCUCACAGCUCCAUCAUCAUUGGCCUCUCAGAUGCAGCGGGACCCCACCCUCUCAUCCCCCAUGAUGCCUAGAGCCAGCCAUGACAGACAACACAACCACUCAGAGAAUAGCAGCUCUGAUGACUCCCGUGCUAGUUCUGGCCUGUCCAUUCCCAGCUCAGCAGGGGCCUUCUCAGAGACAGCAGGGUCAGCCGGGUGUUCAGAGCUGGGCUUGGACACCACCGCGGAGCCCCUGGAUGUCUCCUCUCUGGGACACAACCUGGACAUGCUGAAAGAUCAAGUAGAAUCUGGCCACACUCCUGACGCCCCUCGCCCCGGCUCCGAGCUCCUCUCUCCGGGCGCCACCGCCACCAUGGCACGCCCAGGCUCCAACGCCAAACCCAUCCUGCCACCUAUCCUGUCGGGACGCAAAACCCCCGGACCCAGCCCUAAGCCCCAAACCCUGAGACAUGAGAGAGAGGGAGAGGGAGAUGAGUGAAGAGGUACAGGAGAGAGGUAGAGGAGGAGUG